AUGGUGCUCUUUGCUUUUGUAGCACUUGCUUUGACCUCACUUGCCUUUAGCGAGAUCAGUGCAAUCUCGAAUACUACCCUAAAAUCUUUAGACGGCGCCUAUAAACUGCAAUGGAGAUACAACAACAGCCAGUUGAUUUUCACUCUCACUUGUGAAACAACCGGUUAUUGCGCGGUGGCGUUUAGUGAAACAGCCGAUGGCAAAAACAUGGUUAGAUAUGAUAUAGCCGUGACAGGAUAUGCUUCUGGCGCUGGAUACGUAGAAGUGAGUAAAUCUGCAAUAUUUUUCCUAAUCAGUUCGUUUUUUUAUUAUUUUUGUUUAACAAAUAAACGUUUGCGUAUAUUUUGCCAAAAUGCUUUAGCAGGCAUUGAGAUCACGCACGAAUAGUAAAAUAAUCCUACAGCCCGUAUUGAAAUCAAUAACAAAUGAAAACCAUAUAUUAAAAAAAAACCGACAUUAAGUCUUUCUUAGACUUCAGUCGUGUUCUGAGCGAGUUCAUUAAAGUUCUCAAUCUUUGUCAGUUAAUUGAUAUUUCCCCAGGGGGUUGUGUUUAAAGGUGCUCUCAGGUCUCCACCUGGUCUUUAUUUGGCUUAGUGCAUUUUCCGGAAAGUCUUCCUUUAAGUUGAGUUCAAUACAAUAAAAAGAAAAGUGAAAAAAUUAUUAAACUCUGAAAAAUGUACUGUUAAGUUCGGCAAGCUGGUUUGUGACUCCUUAAGUCGCACAAAAAAGGUUUCUUUAUUAAAUUAUAAGAAGCGAAUAUAUUAUACUCCAUUCCUUUGUUAUUCUAAUGUUUCCUAGGAGCUCAUCUUUUACAUUUUCUUAACAAUGCAUAACUCGCGUAUUAAGAUUUUUCCAUAGGAUUAUCUGGAAGGACUCUACAUCUAACUGCGUUGUAUUAAAAAUUCAAAAAUAUCCUGACCCUUCUGGUUUGCCCUUACUGUCUCGAAGCGGACAUGGCUCUUUCCAAAAGGCUUCUAAAAACUUUGAAAGCCUUUUUUGACUUAAAAAUAUGUGCCUACUUAUUCUGGUUAUAAUCUCAACCCCACGCGAUAUUGAGGGGCUUGAGCAAAAGAGUUCAUAAAACUGCCGACGCGACAUCCUUAAAGACCGAUCAGUAUUUAUUUACGCGGGGUGACAAUGGUUUUUGUUUCUUUAUUGCAAGAUUAGAUGUUACUUUCCAGUGGACAAAUAAAGGGGGAAAGGAAAUUAGUGCGAGUUUUUUUUGCUAAGUUAUCAACCAAAAUACAAACAAAAAGACAGAAAGAAGGAGCGAGAUAACAAAAUAUGUUGUUUGCGUUAUUUGACCACGACCCAGUAAGAAAUGUUUUUCUGCGAAAUAAUUCGUUCCUAUCUUUCAGAGAAAAUUUUGAUAGACCCAUAGAUUCCAUUCCAAUCAAAUAUCAGACUAGGAAAAAACAAAUAAUCAUUCGAAAAAUAUUUGCCUUCAAGACGCCCGCGCCCCCGUUGGUCACAAUAAGAGGCAGAUUGCUUGCAUGUCUGGACAUGUCACAUAUAUUUAAAAAACAGACUAGCUGUAUGUCAAGUUCUAUGUCGCUUUAAAAUUGAGCUUUGCCACGCGAAAUCCGAAGGAAUUUUGUACGAAUUCUCGUGGUGAACUAAUAUCCUGUUAUCUUCCUCUGAUCCACUCUCGUGACGAAGUGAUAACAUUUUUUUCCAAAUGUGAGGAUGGAAUGUUUCUAGUAUGGUUAUUUCACUGUAAGCGUCAAUUAUUAUGACACAUCGUCUGGUUGUUCAUAUGAAAUUUACCGUGGGCAAUGUUGCUAAUUGACGGUCGACUUAAAAUAUUUCUAGACGUAAAAUUAGGUUUGUUUGGUGAACUAGUUCCCCAUUACUCACUGGCUGAUAAUUUUGUAGGAAACGAUCUGACUCGCCACCCUUUCAACCAAUCUAAUGCGAGACCAAAACCAAUCACGACUCAGGCACUUAUUUUUUCCUGGGCUUUUAGCUGACUAUAUAUGAUUUAUUUGAGUUAUCAUUGCCCUUCUUGUAUCUUUUUCUUUCUUCUCAUUGGCUGUCGUGAGUACGUUAAGUUUGGUUUUACAAUACUCAAUCGACAAGAUCUCUAAUAAACAGAGAUUUAGGAUGAAGUUUUCAGUGGAACCAUUUUUUUUAAUUCGAAGCAUCAUGGAAAAUCUGAGGUGGUUGGACUUUGUUUUGACAGGAUUACUGGAGCCAAGGGCCGGGACCGCCAACGAAAGAUUUAGCACAAAAUUACAAACUCAUAUCAGCCUCUGAGGCUGGUGGGAAGACUACCGUGGAGUUUUACAGGGAUGCUGAGACGGGAGAUGUCAAAGAUGUCCAAUUUAAGGUAUUUAUGACGAUAUUUAGUUGCGCGAAGAUGACAAAAGUGCUCUAAAUUCGCCUUUUCUAGUUUUUAUUUAGGUCGAUUUGAUAUUCUUUUGUGCCAGAAAGCCGAGUUUUUCGUAGCUCGAAAAGGAUUCGUAAGGUUGAAUUACCACAUGAUUAAGAUGAGCACUUUAAGUUUUAGACUGAGUGAAGCCAUACCAGUAGAUCAGGCGUAACAGUUCUUGUCGGGUCUGCUGAAAUUUCCAGGCGUUGAUACGACAGGAUUUGCUUUCCGAAUGUACAGAUAUUUGUCGUUUGAAAGAGAUAUCAUGUCUAAAAAGCUUUUAUAGGGAGGGGGGUAGGGAGGGUGGAAGUCUUUCAGGGGGUAUGGGGGCGGUGUUCUCAGAUUCCUCCCUCCCUGUCCAAAGAAUACUCCGCAGAAAAUAUGGAAGAAAGAUGUUCUUAGGGAACAUGUCUGACCUGACAGACCACCAUUGAACGCUUCCCCCCCCCUGCCCUCGACAAAUUAAAACCUCGCCUAAGAUAUCUCAAUCAAACAUCUUUUUGCCAAAUCUUUUGAUAAAAUACUUUUGUUUUUCCUUUGUGCAGAAUACUACUGAAGUUAAAGUAAUAUUUGCCUCGAAGGUCAACAGUGAUGCAAACAAUAAUCGCUUGUCAAAACACGACAAGACCAAAAUAUUAGAUGGGAAAUAUAACUUGAUUUCUUUAGCGAUGGAACCUCCGCCGUUGCCAUCAAAAACAACCAUCCAACCAUCAGCAACAACGAUGUCGACAAAAGAGUCGGUGGCUCCCACGAAAGAAUCGGUGGCUCCCACGAAAGAAUCGGUGACUCCCACGAAAGAAUCGGUGGCUCCCACGAAAGAAUCGAUGGCUCCCACGACUCCAAUGGCUCCUCCAAAAUAUGCAAGUGUCAUGUCUCCUGAUGGCUUAUUCAAACUCGAAUGGACCUACAGUAACAGCAAGCUGAUGUUCAAGAUGACUUGUAAGACAACCGGUUGGUGUGCUGUAGGAUUUACCACAACACCUGAUGGAAGAGGCAUGAAAAACUACGAUAUAGCGGUGGCUGGGUUUGCCUCCAAUGCUGGAUAUAUCGGGGUUGGUAUUAAGGAAGCCUGGAUGAAUGAACGAAUUGAUUGACGGACUGAGUGACAAGCUGAUUGGUUGGUUAAUUUACUGACUGGCGUGGCCAACUGACCAACCUACCGAUGGACCAACCGACUGAUUGACUGGCUGGCUGACUGGCUGACUGACUGACUGACUCAAUAGCUGACUGACUUAUUGACUGACGGGCGGACUGACUGACAGAGUGACUUACUGACUGACCGAAUGGCUGACUAACUGACUCACAGCAAACCGAUAGAUUGACUCCGUGAAUGACUCAUUGAGCCAAUGACUCGCUGACGUAUUGCUAAUGAAAGAGCGACAAAAUAGGGAAUAACAACAUGCAAUGAACUUUCAUUUUAAAGAAAAAACUAAGUAGGACACGCUAACUUUUAACAAAAUCUACAAAUAUGCACUUUGAAAACAAUAGCUUUGAUCAUAAUUUGCCAACAGGAUUACUGGAGCACGUCCUUAUCAAAACCACCCAAAGACCCGAAACAAAGCUUCUUCCUCAUAAAGGCGAAUGAAAAAGACGGGAGAACAAUGGUGGAGUUCUACAGAGAUGCUGAAACAGGAGACACCGCUAAUGAUGUGCAGUUUCAGGUAAGAUUCUUUGCCAGACAAUGCAAGCUCUAAAAUUCGUCCUUUCGUUCCCUCGUUCCUUCGUUCCUUCGUUCCCUCGUUCCCUCGUUCCCUCGUUCCCUCGUUCCCUCGUUCCCUCGUUCCCUCGUUCCCUCGUUCCCUCGUUCCCUCGUUCCCUCGUUCCCUCGUUCCCUCGUUCCCUCGUUCCCUCGUUCCCUCGUUCCCUCGUUCCCUCGUUCCCUCGUUCCCUCGUUCCCUCGUUCCCUCGUUCCCGUCGUUCCCUCGUUCCCUCGUUCCUCGUUCCCUUCCCUUCCUCGUUCCCUCGUUCCCGUUCCCUCGUUCCCUCGUUCCCUCGUUCCCUCGUUCCCUCGUUCCUCGUUCCCUUUCCCUCGUUCCCUUCCCUUUCCCUCGUUCCCUCGUUCCUCGUUCCCUCGUUCCCUCGUUCCCUUCCCUCGUUCCCUCGUUCCCUCGUUCCCUCGUUCCUCUUCCCUCGUUCCCCCUCGUUCCCUCGUUCCCUCGUUCCCCUCGUUCCCUCGUUCCCUCGUUCCCUCGUUCCCUCGUUCCCCCCUCGUUUUCUCGUUCCCUCGUUCCCUCGUUCCCUCGUUCCCUCGUUCCCUCGUUCCUCGUUCCCUCCCCUCGUUCCCUCGUUCCCUCGUUCCCUCGUUCCCUCGUUCCCUCGUUCCCUCGUUCCCUCGUUCCCUCGUUCCCUCGUUCCCUCGUUCCCUCGUUCCCUCGUUCCCUCGUUUUCUCGUUCCCUCGUUCCCUCGUUUCUCGUUUUCUCGUUCCCUCGUUUUCUCGUUCCCUCGUUUCCUCGUUCCCUCGUUCCCUCGUUCCCUCGUUCCCUCGUUCCCUCGUUCCCUCGUUCCCUCGUUCCCUCGUUCCCUCGUUCCCUCGUUCCCUCGUUCCCUCGUUCCCUCGUUCCCUCGUUCCCUCGUUCCCUCGUUCCCUCGUUCCCUCGUUCCCUCGUUCCCUCGUUCCCUCGUUCCUUCGUUCCUUCGUUCCUUCGUUCCUUCGUUCCUUCGUUCCUUCGUUCCUUCGUUCCUUCGUUCCUUCGUUCCUUCGUUCCUUCGUUCCUUCGUUCCUUCGUUCCUUCGUUCCUUCGUUCCUUCGUUCCUUCGUUCCUUCGUUCCUUCGUUCCUUCGUUCCUUCGUUCCUUCGUUCCUUCCUUCCUUCCUUCGUUCCUUCGUUCCUUCGUUCCUUCGUUCCUUCGUUCCUUCGUUCCUUCGUUCCUUCGUUCCUUCGUUCCUUCGUUCCUUCGUUCCUUCGUUCCUUCGUUCCUUCGUUCCUUCGUUCCUUCGUUCCUUCGUUCCUUCGUCUGUUCGUUUGCAUUAAUCACCUACAUGUUUUUUCUGUCAAUCAUUAUCAGAGCGAUACCGAAGUAACAAUUGUGUGGGCUUCCCGCGGAACGGAUGCAAACGUUGACCUGUCAAAACACACAGUUGCCGGAGUAUUAAGUGGCAAACAUAACAUGAUAAAGGAAGCGAUGGCAGCAAAGACUGGAACUUCACCCACAAAACCGAACGCCAGUCAUGCAAUUUUCCCGUCUAUUGCUAUUUUCCUUGCCGGCAUGAGUGCCUAUUUUCUUGCAUUUUAA